AUGUCCUCCGCCGUCCUCAGGCAGGCCGCCCGCUCCGUCCAGGCGCUCCGUUCAUCGAGGACGCUCGCGUCCUCCGCCGUCGCUCGGAAGGACUUCGUCCAGGACCUCUACAUCAAGGAGCUCAAGGCCUACAAGGCACCUCCCGUCGCAAAAGACGCUCACGUCGGCGUCGUGAAGUCCUUCGCGCAGCCCCCCGCCCCGCAAGCACCGGCGAUCCCAUCUGACCUCGCGAGCGAGCUCUCCGCGUACGACGCCGCCGAACCCACCAAGGCCGACGCGAAGCCCGUCGCGGCCACGAGCUCAACGGACGGGGCCGGCGCCGGUGCUGAAGCGUUCCUCGCGUUCUUGGAGGCGGACCCUGUCAAGCACGAUCACGCGCACCACUAG